AUGGUAGACCCUAUUGGUGCAAGUAUCGGUGCAAGUGUUGGUGCAAGUAUUGGUGCAAGUAUUGGUGCAAGUAUUGCUGCAAGUAUUGGUGCAAGUAUUGGUGCAAGUAUUGGUGCAAGUAUUGGUGCAAGUAUUGGUGCAAGUAUUGCUGCAAGUAUUGCUGCAAGUAUUGCUGCAAGUAUUGCUGCAAGUAUUGGUGUACGUAAAAGUGCAAGUAUUGAUGCAAGUAUUGGUGCAAGUAUUGGUGCAAGUAUUGGUGCAAGUAUUGGUGCAAGUAUUGGUGCAAGUAUUGGUGCAAGUAUUGGUGCAAGUAUUGGUGCAAGUAUUGGUGCAAGUAUUGCUGCAAGUAUUGCUGCAAGUAUUGCUGCAAGUAUUGCUGCAAGUAUUGCUGCAAGUAUUGCUGCAAGUAUUGCUGCAAGUAUUGCUGCAAGUAUUGCUGCAAGUAUUGGUGCAAGUAUUGGUGCAAGUAUUGCUGCAAGUAUUGCUGCAAGUAUUGCUGCAAGUAUUGGUGCAAUAUUGGUGCAAGUAUUGCUUAUUGCUGCAAGUAUUGCUGCAAGUAUUGCUGCAAGUAUUGCUGCAAGUAUUGAUGCGAGUAUUGGUGCAAGUAUUGGUGCAAGUAUUGGUGCAAGUAUUGCUGCAAGUAUUGCUGCAAGUAUUGCUGCAAGUAUUGCUGCAAGUAUUGCUGCAAGUAUUGCUGCAAGUAUUGCUGCAAGUAUUGGGAGUUUGCUAAAUGUGGACGAAGACAUGAACAUAACAACAGAGAUGGCUUCCCUACAUAUAAUGUAUGACACGUUUACCGAAGAGGAUAUAGACAGUUGA